GUGAGGCGGAAAUGAUGGUUGUUUGCAUGUUGGUAGUGGAGCUUCAGGUUGUUUUGUUCGGAGGUUUUUAAAGUUGUCAGAGUGAAAGUGUUUUGUAAAGUCAGUCACACAGAUGCGGGAAGAAGAGUCUUCCGAUUCCGAAUCAGGGAGGAUGGAGGAGAGUUCCAUCCGGAGGAGUUUGGAGGCGUUGUGUCAGCAGUUGAACAUGGACGAACAGACUGCGGCCGAAGCCAUGAACAACUUCACCGCCAUCUGGAACACAUACACACUGGAGGGAGAGGUGAUCCAUUGGUUGGCCUGCUCGCUGUAUGCAGCCUGCAGAAAGGGAUCCACUCCCACAGUGGGCAAAGGGCUGCUGGAAGGAAACUGUGUCUCCCUCACUAGGAUCCUUCGCUCCUCGAAACUCAGUCUGAUCCAGUUCUUCUCCAAGAUGAAGAAGUGGGCUGACAUGUCCAACCUGUGUCAGGAUUUCAGGCUGCGCAUGGAUCGGCUGGAACGCAACUUUGAAGUUUCCACCGUUAUAUUCCGCAAGUUUGAGCCAAUCUUCAUGGACAUUUUUCAGAACCCACAGGGAGGCGAGCCGCCACGCCAGCCGCGCAGCAGGAAACACAGGCGGCUGCCCUGUCACAUCAGCGAUGUGUUCAAGUUUUGCUGGACGUUGUUUGUCUUUACCAAAGGUAACUUUCGUAUGAUUGGUGACGACCUGGUGAAUUCAUACCACCUGUUGCUCUGCUGUCUGGACUUGGUGUUUGGCAAUGCGCUGCUUUGUGCCAACAGGAAGGACCUCAUCAACCCAACAUUCAAAGGACUGCCUGCUGCCUGUCGUGCUGACGGUCACCUGUCACCAGACGAGUCCCCUCCGUGUUUGUUGGAGAGGCUGUGUGAGCUUCACGAUGGCCUGGUGGUGGAUGCCAAAGGCAUCAAACGCCAUUACUUCAGACCAUACAUACAGAAACUGUUCCACAGACGGAUUCUAAGAGGCAAUGAGGAGCUUUUGACAGAACUGCUGGAUCCUCAGAACUUUGUGGAGAACAAUAAAGCCAUAAACAGGGAAUAUGAGGAGUAUGUGUUGACGGUGGGAGAUUUUGAUGAGAGAGUGUUUCUGGGAGCCGAUGCUGAUGAAGAAAUUGGGACUCCGAGGAAGAUUUUACAGGAGUCCUCCAGCAGCCAACCGAUGGUUCAGAGUCAGCUGCGGCAACAUGUAGAAAAGACAGGUUCUUUAGCUCCAUCCACUCCUCUGACCGGCCAAGCCUACUUAAAGGAGAAAGACCUACUCGUCACACCUGUUUCCUCUGCGACGCAGAGUGUUAGCCGGCUGCAGAGCAUGGUGGUGGGCUUGAGGACCGCCCCCAGCAGCCAGCUAAUGCAGAUUUUCAAAUCCUGUUCCAAAGAUCCCACAGACUCUAUCCUGGCCAGAGUGAAGACUCUGGGACAAAUGUUUAAAGAACGUUACACCAGUGAUUCAGAAGACGUGCCUGGCUCUCAUAUAGACUUUGCAGAGAACCGCAUGAAGCUGGCUGAGAUACUGUACUAUAAGGUCCUUGAGAAUGUCAUGGUUCAGGAGACCAAGCGUCUUCAAGGCAAAGACAUGAGCGUGUUGUUGGAGCAGGAUAUCUUCCAUUGUUCUCUCAUGGCGUGUUGUCUGGAGGUGGUCUUAUUCUCUUACAGCUCCCAGAGAACCUUUCCCUGGAUCAUCAAUGUCUUCAAACUGGCUCCAUUCUAUUUCUUUAAGGUGAUCGAGGUGUUUAUCCGCUCUGAAGAAGGCCUGUCCAGAGACAUGGUGAAGCAUCUGAACGCGAUCGAGGAGCAGGUUCUGGAGAGCAGAGCCUGGACUGCAGACUCUGCUCUGUGGAGUGCCCUCCAGACUGCCGGGAACAAGGUCCCCACUGUGGAGGAGGUGAACUUUUCCUCCAGUUUGGACUCAGGUUGUGUUUCUGCUAGCGGAGGAUAUUCCCAUCUACCUCUGGUUGCCCUGUCCCCAAUCAUCCAUCCUCGCAUCAGGGAGGUCAGAUCCUGCCUGGGAAGCGCACGCAAAGAUGUGCCUCCCUCUCCUCUGUCUGUCCAUGACAGAUACAGCUCGCCAGCGGCCGGGAGCGCUAAGCGGCGUCUGUUUGGCGAUGAGCCUCCAGCGCAGGCAUCAGGAGUCACCUCCACUGGGACCCCUGUGUCAUCCCCUGCCAAGAGGCUAACCUUUGGUUCAAAUAGCACCCUGAAGAUUGCAGCGCAGAGUUCACAGACGGCCGUGCUGACCCUGAACGCAAGCAACGGACAGCAGCUUAGUAUUCCACUGUCGGGUAUGAGCAGUGACAACACAAUCACGCUGAUCCCCGUUCAGUCGUGUGACUCCUCCGGUCCCAUCACAGCUCAGUUCCUCGUGAGCACUUCCCCCAGCUGCUCCACGUCUCUUCACACGACCUCUGACCCCCAGACGGGUCAGGGUCGACCUCAACGUACUGGCUCUCUGGCUCUGUUCUUCAGGAAGGUGUACCACCUGGCCAGCGUCCGGCUCAGGGACCUCUGUGGGAAGUUGGACAUUUCGUCGGAGCUUCACAGGAAAAUCUGGACGUGCUUUGAACACGCUGUGGUCCACUGCACGGAUCUGAUGCAGGACAGACACGUGGACCAGCUGCUGCUGUGCAGCAUUUACAUUAUUUCCAAAAUCACCAAAGAACCUCACACAUUCCAGGACAUCAUGAAGUGUUACCGCAGCCAACCACAAGCCAGCAGCCAUGUGUACCGCAGCGUCUUACUACGUCACACUCCCAGAGAGCAGGUGGCCGAUGAGAACAUGGAGGUGGAUCCCGCCUCAGGUGGUGAAUCUGCAGAGAAAACCAAUCAGGUCUCAGGAGAUACAAAUUCUGACCAGUCAGGUGAGGUGGAACGCGGCGACCUCAUCCAGUUCUACAACACGGUCUUCGUGCUGAAGAUAAAGAGCUUCGCACUGCGAUACGCAAACCACGACAACAGGGCGGACGCUCCUCCUCUCUCACCGUUCCCGUCGGUGCGAGCUCACCCUCUGUCUCCUCGUCGUGUCUCCCAGAGACACUCCCUGUAUGUGUCCCCACACAAGUCUUCCACAGGCUGCCUCACACCAAACUCCUACACCUACAGGAUCAACAGCAGCCCGUCCAAGGAGUUAUCAGACAUCAACCGGAUGAUCCGGCAGGGUGGUGUGAGCAGGAAGAGAGCCUUUACCAUGGAAGGGGAUGUGAUGAUGUCAUCCACAUGUGACUCACCCAACAAAAGGGCGUGUCCAGAGAAUGGCAGCAGCCCAGAUGUUCUGCUGAAGCGUCUGCAGGACGUGGUGUCAGAGAGACAGAGUCACUGAUAGGCCAAGGGACAAGACCUUCCCUCCGUCUAAAAAAGGACAGCGGCUGGUCACAUAACAGUCGUCCAACCCGGUGGUUUAACUCGUGUUGUUCUUUUACUCACAAUGGUUUUUAAUCAGUCAAUUUUUUUUAUCCCCUAAUUUUAAUUUUAAUACCAACAUUACAUUAAAAAAAAUUAAAAUUCAUAUUAAAACCAGGCCAUUGCAAUCAAAUGCUCAGCGAUCUCCAAGAUGAUCGUUUGUUAUAGUGAAAUUCACUGGCAUCAGUUUCCUCAAUAUACUUAAGUCACUCGGGCCAUAAGCCAGGAUCUGUCCUCCAGGGGGUACCACCUGAAUGGACACGAAAACAAAAAAUGAUUGUGAAAGUAGAAAAACAUGCAAGAUCAUCAAAUUCUGAAAAGCACAAAGCGGGCGGUUCCGUAAGCACUUCCUGUCAUUAAUGAAUAUCACUAAACGCUUAAACGUGAAGCAUUUUUCUUUUAAAUCUUUGCUGGUGAUCGAUAACAGCAGAGUUACACAAUAAUCUGUGUUUUCUACUCAUGCAGGUUGUCCCCCCCAAAAAAGUAUUGUGUUUACUUCAACGCUCUGAGGGUUAGCUAUAAAUUGGAGUGCUGUGUCCAGUCCUCUGACCACCACUUGGAGACCUCUUGAGGUUUAUUGGGGUUCUGGUUUAAAAAAAAAAAAAAAAAAAAGAUAGUAUUAUUGAAAACAAAAUCAAUCUUCUCAAGAGAACGUUUGAUGUCAAUAAUUAUAUUUUUGUGGUCUUAAAGCACAAAAUAUACAUUUUAACUUGUAUGUUUUUUCCCCAGAAAGCUUCAUAACAUUGGAUUUCCCAAAUAACCUAACAGCUGCUAAAUAUGAUGCAGCCAGUAGGGGGCAGUAAAUGUACAUAUAUGAAGUAUACAUAGUUAUGCUUCGAUGCACACAGUGUGAGAUGUACGAACAUUACAGCAAAUAAUAAUCCAUCAGGUUUGUCUGGAGACGCACCAACUUUACUGGUGUGUUUUUUUUCCCUUAUAAUCUCAAAAUCAAACGUGUCGCACCACAGCAGUAUUAAAAUGUAAAAACUACACUUUGGAGGUUCAGAUGUUGAACUGUAGCGACUUCAGUUCUCGUUCUGAUCCAGACAAGCUCUCACUUAAAUCCUUUGAAUUUGUGUGUAUAUAGGUUUUUGAAAAAUGAGGCCGUGAUGUAAAUCGUUUGGUGUUGAACUUUAAUUCCACUAUGACAGCUGAGCUCUCUUUUGUUAAAGUGAUGAGACAACUGAACUCUUUUUCUUUUUUUUUAAUGUUUUGUGUUUCGUUUAAGUUUUUCCUGGAUAAGAAGUGAUGUCUUUUAAAAUGUGGCGUAGUCCUGGAACGAGGUGUUUGAAGGUGCGAUGGCUUCUACGUGUGUAGUAUCUACACAUCAUUUUAAAAUUUAGCGGAAUAUUUUAAAAUUCAUACAACAGCACCUGCUUUUUGUGUUGUAUAUAAAAGACAAAACUAAGGGCUGAAUGCUAAAUUAGAUUUGUGCCUGUUGACAGUCCCAAAAAACUGUCAACGGUGCAAAUCCCUCUGUAGUGUUAAAUGAGGGUAAAACGUGGGUUUUCUGCAAACUGUCAGCUUUUGUACAAUAAAACUUUAUUGAUUUUACUUU